CGCUCUCCUGUGCGUCCGCUCCCGCUGUAGCGACGGACCAGUAGGGGAGCUGACCCCGGCGGUUUGCUCCGCUCUGUGGAGGAGAGAUGGGGAGGCGCUGGGCCUGGGCAGAGGUAGGAAGGAGCCCGCCCCUCCACGCCUCCCGCGACGCUAGUCCCUGAGCCGUGAUGCGAGCGUGGGUCCUACUCUCCGCGGUGCUCUGGUACCUCACUGGAGUUGGAUGGCAGCGUUCUUCUGAACGUACCGGGAAAGGCCUCAUUUAUGGCAAGCCGGGACACCCAGUGAAAAUAUAUGUAAAAUUACAUCACAGUAGCCCAAUCCUUGCCUGUAUGGAUUUUAAACGUGCUAAAAAAGAAACAGUGGACCCCACCUACUUAUGGAUUGGGCCUAAUGAAAAGCCAUUAACAGGAAAUAAUCAAAUAAAUAUAACUAAAACAGGAAAGCUGAUGAUGGAAGAUUUUCUGGAGGCUUUUUCUGGACUUUACACAUGUACUCUUUCUUAUAAGACUGUCAGAGCAGAAACUCAAGAAGAAACGAUAGUAAAGCAGAGAUAUGACUUUAUGAUCUUUGCCUAUCGGGAACCUGAUUAUUCAUAUCAGAUGGCUGUACGUUUUACCACAAAGUCUUGUCAAGGAAGAUACAAUGACCUGCUUUUUAGAGUGCUGAAGAAAAUCUUGGAUAAUUUAAUCUCUGAUUUGUCAUGCCAUGUCAUAGAACCAUCAUAUAAAUGCCAUUUUGUUAAAAUUCCCAAACAUGGCCUCAUGCAUGAGCUAUUUAUAGCCUUUCAAGUUAAUCCUUUUGCACCAGGGUGGAAAGGUGCAUGCAAUGAUUUGGCUGACUGUGAAGAUAUCACUAAUCAUAAUAUCCUCCAGGCAAGAGAUCGGAUAGAAGAAUUUUUCCGGAGCCAAGCAUAUAUUUACUACCAUGACUUUAAUAAAACUAUACCAGCUAUGCAUUUUGUGGACCACAGUUUUCAAGUAAUACGUGUGGAUAGCUGUCGUCCAGGCUUUGGAAAAAAUGAAGGUCUACACAGUAAUUGCGCUAGCUGUUGCGUGGUUUGUAGUCCUGGGACUUUUAGUCCUGAUGUUGAUGUUACUUGUCAGAGCUGCAUUUCCGUCCACAUUUAUGGAGCUAAAUCUUGCACAUAAACUUCAGACAAAAAUCAUAUUAUGAAGACUAGAGGUGAAAGUAUUGUUACUUGCUUGUGGAGGUGGGGAACAUAGGAUAAUUUGUUCACGUCCCGGAGCAUCAGAGAUCCAUUAAAUAAGACCAGUAAGACCAAAACAUUGGAAAACAUACAUUUUAGAAACUUUAAAAUGAUAGUUGACAUGGCAUUUCUAAGAAGGAAUCUAAUAUCUCCAGUGGACAAAGGAAAGUGUAUUAGUGGACGAUUUUCAGUGAAAUAUGUUUUGCUGUUUACAAACUGAAUCUGUUGCUCUGUACGUAAGCCUGUAUUAAGGUCAAGAAGAGUGGCAAAGUUUAAUAUAAUAAAAAUUUUAUACUUACCAUA